AUGCCAGCAGUCCUGAUUCUCCUGACCCUACUUCUGCCACUAGGAGCUGGAGCAGAGGAGAUCAUCGGCAGCCAUGAGGUGAAGCCGCACUCCCGCCCCUACAUGGCAUUCGUUGUGUCUGUGGAUAUUGAAGGGAAUAAGAGAUGCUGCAGAGGCUUCCUUGUUCAAGAUGACUUUGUGCUGACAGCUGCUCACUGCAGAAACAGCUCUCCCCACAGCGCAAUGACAGUCACACUGGGGGCACACAACAUCAAGGCUAAGGAGGAGACCCAGCAGAUCAUCCCUGUGGAAAAAGCCUUUCCCCACCCAGACUAUAAUUCUGUGGACCGCACCAAUGACAUCAUGCUCUUAAAGUUGGAGAGUAAGGCCAAGAGAACUAAAGCUGUGAGGCCCCUCAUGUUGCCCCGGCCCGAUGCCCAGGUGAAGCCAGGGGAUGUGUGCAGUGUGGCGGGCUGGGGGAGCACGUCCAACAAUGCCACUAAAGGAUCUGCCUGCCUACGAGAGGCCCAACUGAUCAUCAAAAAGGACCAGGAAUGCAAAAAAAAACGUUUCCGUUGCUACACUGAGACCACAGAGAUUUGUGCUGGAGACAUGAAGAAAAUAAAGGCUCCUUCCAAGGGUGACUCUGGGGGACCCCUCGUGUGUGGCAACAAGGCCUACGGAGUUGUAACCUAUGGGUGA